AUGAUCUUUAGGUCCUCCUUGUCCUCAAGAUCCUCCUCCUCCUCCUCUACUACCACCUCAGCCUUCUCCUCCUCCUCCUCCUCCUCAUCCUACUCUUCCUCUUCUAUACCCAUUACAUUACAUUCUCCAUUUUCCUCUCAGACAACUCGCCGUUUUCAUGAAGAAGACGACGACGACGAAGAAGAAGAACCUGAUGUUCCUGAAGAGACUCAGAGUAGUCAACGUGUUCCUGAAGACAGUAGUGAAACUACAAUAGCUGAGUUAGCAGAUAUUGAGAAUUCAACCCUUGAAGUUGAUGAAGAAGACGACGACGACGAAGAAGAAGAACCUGAUGUUCCUGAAGAGACUCAGAGUAGUCAACGUGUUCCUGAAGACAGUAGUGAAACUACAAUAGCUGAGUUAGCAGAUAUUGAGAAUUCAACCCUUGAAGUUGUACUUGUUCCUCGUACUCUGGCUAAUGAGGGCGACGCUGAAGUAGUACUUGGAUCUGGCUCAGUGAUGGAGCAGGAGUAG